UCAUCCAUUUCUCUUGCAGGACUGCAACUGUUCCACACCUGCCUCAAUGAAGAAGUACCUCUUCCUCUGCAUCUCCUGCGUUCUAACGCUGGGUCUUCUUUACAACUGGGUGAAAGGACCCUUGUCGCCAGCUGCUUUCUUCUUUGACAACUCAGGGCAACCCAACGUGACCAUCCUGCUGUGGCACUGGCCCUUUGGCGGAACUUUUGACCUCCACGGGGAUGUGUGCUGGGACCUCCGCAAAAUCCCAAACUGCAGAGUCGUGGCGCAGAGGUCCUUGUUUUUGGAAGCGAACGUGGUGGUGUUCCAUAACCGAGAGCUGGUAACAGGAAAGGAGAAACUUCCCCUGGAGCUUCGGAGGCCGCCGGGCCAGAGGUGGGCUUGGAUGUCUCUGGAGUCCCCAGUGCAUAACGGGGACCGAAGCAGAUUAGCUGGUGUGUUCAACCUCACCUUGAACUACAGGAGGGACGCAGAUGUUACCAUACCAUACGGCGAGUUUUUACCACGAGACUCUGAAGAUCCAGUAGAGGACAUCCAACAGAAUAAAACUGAUCUGGUCUGUUGGGUGGUUAGCAACUACCAGGAUUCCUUCAGAAGAAGCAAAGUGUACAAAGAACUCAGCGCUGUCAUUCCUGUAAAGGUCUAUGGACGCUGGUCAAAUAAUCCUCUUGCUUCCGAAGACCUUCUUCCUACAAUAUCACGCUGCUACUUCUAUUUGGCCUUCGAGAACAGCAUCGCCAAAGACUACAUCACGGAGAAACUGUGGUGGAAUUCUUACAAAUCUGGGGCGGUUCCGAUCGUCCUGGGACCGCCGGUGGCGGAUUACGAGGCUGUGACACCACCGCACUCUUUCAUCCACGUCGACAAGUUUGCAUCUGUGAAAGAACUCGCCGAGUACCUGCAGCAGCUGGCGGCCGACGCCGAGCUCUAUGGCGAGUAUCUGCAAUGGAGGAAGGACUGGAAGGUGCAAAUGUACGAGUGGCGCUGGAGACUGUGUCAGAUCUGCGUGCAGUACCCCAGCUUCCCUGAGCACAAAGUCUACACUGACCUGGCAGCCUGGGAUAACGCUGCAUAGAAGCAACGCAAGUCCAGGCAGGAAACAUGUAUCCCAUGUGACAAAGUUGUGUUUCCCAAAACUGCUGUAAAACUAUUCUAUCAAUUUCUCUAGACAAUCAUUUAAUCUCAACUGGACUGUCGAGUUUGUCUCAGGACGCUUUGCCUCUCAUCCGAGCAGAGAGAUCUAGAAGCGAUUUAAUCGACUAUAUCCGACCAAUCUUCUCAUUCAUCAAGGUCAUUGUGUUCUCAGAGCAUUCCAAUCUACGGCAUCUGGACUGUUCAGUUUGUCAGUCCUAACGACUGAUGGGCUGGUAGAGGACUCUAUUCUCUGCAUUUUAACAGCGGCCAUCUUAACUUGCCACACAAUACCGCAAAGCCAGCUGUCGUGAUCAAUGGUCCGGAUCAUGUUUUUUUAGUUAUGUUCUGUUAGUUUUGGACUUCCUUAGUUGUUUUGUGCACUUCAGGGGUUUGUUUUGGUUACCAUGGGUACGAAUUGGUUUCACCUGCCUCUGAUUAGUGUUCGGCACGUUCACCUGCUGUUGAGCACUAAUCAGAGAGCUAUUUAUUCACGUUGCUCGCCACAAACUGUCUGGCUUCCUUGUUUGCGGUAAGCAAGUGUUGGUUUCAUGUCCUAGUUCUGUGCUAAGUGUUAGCCUUAGCUUCCCGUGCGUUCGGCACGCUUUUCUUUUGCUUGUUUUCUGUUUGCCUAUGAUUUAUGUAAAUAAAUCAUCUCUUACCUUCACGUUUUUGUCCGGAGUAUCCGUGUUGCACUGGAGGAACGAUCCCGCACAAAUAUGCGACCCCCACGUGACACCAGCAGAUUGAUUCCAUCCGAACGACUGCUGUUGUGUUGGCAGAGGUGUCACUCCUUGUUUAAUUCAAUAUUAAACAUUACAUAGAAUACUUUUUCAAGUAUUUGCUUCUUUUAAAAGUAUUGUGGAGUCAACGAUUGGCUGCAACCAGGUAGUUUUUACUGUAGUGUCUGUUUUAAUAGCAAAACUCACAGUGGGGGCUCCAAGGACAAAAAAUGUAUGCUUAACAAA